GCGGCCCGCAGUUGUGUUCUUGGGGUAGGACGGAGACGGCUGAUGUUGGGGUCCCAACACCCACGGGUGCCCCCUGUGUCCGUGCUGGUAAACAGCUCGGGUCGCGCCUCCGUGUUUCGAGAGUACGACUGUGUUUCUCGGGGAGUUGGCCGUCUGUGACUCUGCUGAGGGAAGAACGUGACUGUCUCCGUGUUCCCGGGUGUCUGUGGGUGUAACUGGCGGCACCUCUGUGUGGAGGGCGGCCGAGGAGGCGCGUCUCGACGUGGCCGAGGCCGCGAGCGAGGGUGUCCCUGCGCUUUUCUGUUUGCGGGGUAGGUGUUGACCAGCUAGAUCCCAGGAUGUCCAGGAGGUGCAACCCAUUGUGUCUUGGGUGCGUGCAGUGUACCUGUGGGCCCGUCUCAGACUGUGAGGGGGUGUCUCCGGGUGAUACAGACUGUGGCUGUCUCAGUGCUGAGACUGGGUCCCGCAGCGCUAAGGGGCCUGCGUUUCAGCGCGUUGGGAGAAGUCUGAGCCAGUGACUGUCGGGGCAUCUCUGGGGGUGACACUGUCUCAGUGAGUUCACGGGUAGGACGACAGGUGACCCCAAGGCUUUGAGGAACGUGGCUGCUGCUGUGCUGGGGACAGAGUUGACAGUAUCUGAUCUCAGGGUGUUAAGGGGUAUGAUUGUGUUGUUUUAGGAUGGGAGACUGUGUGUGUGUGUGUGUGUGUGUGUGUGUGUGUGUCCCCUGCUUCUCAGGGCAGGAGGGGAGGUCGCCGUCAUGUGUCCACAGGUGGCUUGGGACUUGUGAGUCCCAGGAGAUGGUCCCCUGGUCACCAGGCGUCUUGGUUCCCCAGCCCGCCUUCAGCCUCCCCCACUCCCCCUCCCAUGACUCGCCCGCUGGCCCUGGCUUGGGCUUUAAGCCCCUGUGUAAAUAGUGGGCGGGUCUCCAGGCCAGGCUGGGCCUGAUCCAAGCUGGUCUGCCCGAGGCAUUGCCCGCCACCCCCACCCCCACCCCCACCCCCACCCCCACCGCCCCAGCAUCCAUGAAGGCUUUGGCAGGACAGGAGGGUGUUGCUGCCUCCCAACAGUGCUAGCCCCCACAACCUGGCCGUCUCCACGGAGGCAGUGGCACCCCCUGCAGCCGCCCCAGCCCGCCCUGGGCGAUGCUCACAUUUUCCAGUGUUUAGAUUUUAUCCACUUUAUUAAUGAGGCAGGCAAAAGGCCCGCGCCUGGGGGCGGGGGGUGGGGGAGGGUGGAGAGGGCUAUUCCCGCCCUGCCAGGGGGAGGGAGUCAUGGGGGACCAGGCCAGCUCCCCGGGAGCCCCCUUCCUGGUGGGGCAGCUGGGGUUCUGAGUGGCCGCUGCCCGUUGCCAGGAGCAGAGAGAGAGGUCACUGUCACCCCAGGCUCCCUGCGGGCACGAGAUGGAACGGCUGAGCUGGGGAGAUGGGGUGGUCGGAGAGGCCCCUGGAGGCCGGAGAGGGCAGCGGGAGGAGGCCAGGAGCUGAGGAGCCGCCCUAGGAGGGAGGGAGAGGGAGCGGCCUGCCUUCCUGCCUGCUUGCUGGAGAGCUCUGGUGCGCAGACCUCUGGGGCGGCGCGUGCGGCCGGCAGCAGGCUAUGGGGGCCUGGAGCCCCAAGCUGAGUGGCCCCACCCCCGGCACCUGACAUGAGUCUCUGCGGGCCCCUCAACCUGAGCCUGGCAGGCGAGGCGACCAUGUGUGCGGAGCCCGGGGCCCCCAACGCGUCGGCCGGGCCGCCGGCCGGGCGGGCGGGCGCCUCGCCGGCGCUGCCCAUCUUCUCCAUGACGCUGGGCGCCGUGUCCAACGUGCUGGCGCUGGCGCUGCUGGCGCAGGCCGCGGGCCGCCUGCGGCGCCGCCGCUCGGCUGCCACCUUCCUGCUGUUCGUCGCCAGCCUUCUGGCCACCGACCUGGCGGGCCACGUCAUCCCCGGAGCCCUGGUGCUGCGCCUGUACGCGGCGGGCCGCUCGCCGGCCGGCGGCGCCUGCCACUUCCUGGGCGGCUGCAUGGUGUUCUUCGGCCUGUGCCCGCUGCUGCUGGGCUGCGGCAUGGCCGUGGAGCGCUGCGUGGGCGUCACGCGGCCGCUACUGCACGCGGCGCGCGUCUCGGCGGCCCGCGCGCGCCUGGCGCUGGCCGCGCUGGCCGCCGUGGCUUUGGCGGUGGCGCUGCUGCCGCUGGCGCGAGUGGGCCGCUACGAGCUGCAGUACCCGGGCACGUGGUGCUUCAUCGGCCUGGGCCCGGCGGGCGGCUGGCGCCAGGCGCUGCUCCCCGGCCUCUUCGCCGGCCUCGGUCUGGCCGCUCUGCUCGCGGCGCUCGUGUGCAACACGCUCAGCGGCCUGGCCUUGCUGCGCGCCCGCUGGCGCCGCCGCUCUCGACGGCGUCCUCCGGCGAGUGGCCCCGACAGCCGCCGUCGCUGGGGGGCGCGCGCGCCCCGCUCGGCCUCCGCCUCGUCCGCCUCGUCCGUAGCUUCGGCCGCCGGCGGCUCCCCGGGCCGCGGCUCAGCGCGCAGAGCCCGCGCUCACGAUGUGGAGAUGGUGGGCCAGCUCGUGGGCAUCAUGGCGGUGUCGUGCAUCUGCUGGAGCCCGCUGCUGGUGUUAGUGGUGCUGGCUGUCGGGGGCUGGGGCUCCGGCUCCCUGCAGCGGCCGCUGUUUUUGGCUGUGCGCCUCGCUUCGUGGAACCAGAUCCUGGACCCCUGGGUGUACAUCCUGCUGCGCCAGGCCGUGCUGCGCCAACUGCUUCGCCUCCUGCCCCCGAGGGCCGGCGCCAAGGGCAGCCCUGCGAGGCUGGGCCUAACCAAGAGCGCCUGGGAGGCCAGCUCGCUGCGCAGCUCCAGGCACAGUAGCCUCAGCCACCUCUAGGCGCGCCAACAGCCCCAGCGGCUGAGUCAGACCAUCCCGGGCCGGGCCCAGGUGGGUCCGCAGCGCUGAGCCCUCGGGGGAAUAAAGCCAUGUUGCGGACA